AUGGCCGAAGCAACAAUCCGCCUCGCGACAGUCGAGGACGUCCCCAAAAUCCUCCAAUUCAUCCAAGAACUGGCCAUCUACGAAAAAGCCCUCCACGAAGUCGAAGCCACAAUUGAAAGCCUAACAAACACCCUCUCAUUCGCCAACGAACCCCCCAAACGUGGCUCAGUCUACACAGCCCUAAUCACUCCUCCCGCCACACCCACCAACACUAACCCGCAACCCGUGGGCAUGGCCCUGUACUUCUACAACUACAGCACCUGGCGCAGCGCGCCGGGAAUAUAUCUCGAGGAUCUUUACGUGCAACCUGAAGCUAGGGGUAACGGGUAUGGAUUUAAGUUGCUCAAGUUCCUCGCGCGCCAGGUUGUUGAGAUUAAGGGUCGGAGGUUGGAGUGGAGUGUGCUUAAGUGGAAUGAGCCUAGUAUUAGGUUUUAUGAGCAGGUUGGUGCUAAAGGGAUGGAGGAGUGGAUGAAGAUGAUGGUUGAGGGGGAGGCGUUGGGGAGGCUUGCUGAGGGGGUUUAG